UGCAUAAAUCGGGUGUUUGUGCACGGCGCGGAACAACGUUUAGGCGACGUCGGAUCAACAGCUUCGUGAAUCGGAAUUGGAGGUAACAAGACCGCCAGCUCGAAUCUUCAAGCAUACAACUGAUCACCAUGUCGGGUAAAUACACAUUCACCAAAGGCCUCAAGGAGGUGCGAUUCCUGCUGUGCCAGACUGGCGAGACGAGCAAUGCUACGAGAUCUUUUCUCGCACGCGCGUACCCCACGAUGAAGAAGUACAACCCGUCCACGCCAAUCAUGAUCCGCGAGGCCGCAGGGACACAACCACAGGUUUUCGCCCGCUACGACUUCGGCAAGGAGAAGAGCGAGCUAUUGGCUGGGUUGUCGGAUAAGGAAAUCGAAGAGAAGGUUACUGGACUUGUGAAGUCCGAGGCAUAACUUGUCGGUGGUGGAUGAGACUGAUGGCGAUGGGCAACUGUAUAUAUGGGAUAGAAGAGGGCCAUGAAUGAAGAUUUGUACGAGCUGGACCCCCGAAAGCCUAUGCGUGUGCCUACGAACGAGACUAUGUGCCGUUGGUGUGCGAGUUUGAGAAGUACUGGGAGGAAUUUGUGCAACUGCAUUAAUGACACCCUCGAAAAGAAAAAU